CGGCCUCUAAUGCGCAUUCGUGUGACACACUUCGCGCUAUUCAGAGGCAUUACAGCCAAUACUGUUUUGUUAUUGAAUAUCAGUGCUUGCAUUUUACGGCUAUUAUUGUGCAGAAGUAAACGUUAAACUUGUUCUGGGAAGACCUUUUGUUCGAAAUGGGAAUGAUUUCGCGAGUGCGCGGACGCAUAAGAAGUGAUUCCUUCUCGAAGAUUCAGACAAUCAGAUCUGAGGACAAAAUUGCCAAUAUAGUAUGGCUGCUGUCACUAGUCCUGCUGCUGCCGUACUGGGCACCCCGAGGCUUGCUGGUGGCGCUAGGUGGCGCGUGGCUCAUGGCGGCUUACACUUGCCUGGUGGUGCCGGUGCUCAUCUCCGCGAACUACAAGUACCCGGCGCGGUGGUACCCGGCCGUGGCUAAGCUUGCACAAGAAGCAGCUCGUCGUCUCCGCGCGCCCUUUGUGUCCGUGCUGGGGGUCCUCAAGGCAAUAUACGCGCCCCUCGACCGCGCUGAAGUCAUGUUCCUGCAACUCAACAAUCUGUCCACCAUGAUCAGCCAGUUGCUAAUAUUCACGGCGUGUGACCGGCUGCUGGUGUCGCAGGGCCAAGGCAGGCUGACGUGUCUGUACUCCCUCAUGUUCUACAACGUGGUCACCUACUCCGUCAGCUACGUCCGCGAGAUCUGCACCAAGGAGGACUGGUCGCCAUACGUCAACGUCACGCGCCACUCCCGGGUCAAGCACCUCGCCAUGUCCGCCACCAAGAUCGUGCUCGAGUGGACCAAGGCCGUCACCUUCAUUGUCACCAUCACCUUCGUUCUCCUUACUCUUGGCCUUGAACAGGGCUUAGAGCACUACCGGCCCAACUUCUUCUACACACUGAUCACUGGAGUUUAUUAUCUGCUUACGGAAAGGACUUUUCUAGAGCUUUGGCCUAUUGGCCUUUCCGCGCUGAAGUUGGAAAGGUUGGAGGGGAUGGAGACUCUCUACUUCGGAGUGUGGGCACGGGGCGUGACCACAGCUCUGGCGAUACCGCUAGUUCCAGCGCUGGCGUGGUACGAGCGCUGGAGGCUGGCUGCGUUCGUGUCAUAUGUGUGUGUGUUCGUUCACGGACGACAUCGCCUCGGGGAGGCGCUGGCCAGGCUGAAUGAGGCGCGAGGGUCCCUGGCGAGGUUCCGGCGGGCGACGGCCGAGGAGCUGUCCACGCUGGAGGACGUGUGCGCGGUGUGUCUGGGCUCCAUGCGUUCGGCCCGCGUCACUCCAUGCGCACACUUCUUCCACGCGGACUGUUUGAGGAAGUGCCUGGCAGCAUCUGACAGAUGCCCCAUCUGUGUCAGACCGUACGUUUUCUGCUGAUUGUAGGAUAAGACUAUUGCUGGAUAAGACUGCUACGAGUAAACUGAAUGGGUUGAGGUCCAAGCGAGGUGGAGUUUGAAUUUGGUUCAUGGGCCGAAUGGUAAUGAGAACAAGUAUUUAAGUUGCACUCCUAGCAAGAAAUUAAUAAGUACUAAGUAGGUACCGUAAAUAAAAUUAACAUAACUGCUUGACUCUCUACAAAUAUAUUUUGCUUAUAGGUAUAUUUGCGUACAGUAUAGUGUUAUUAUCCCGUAUUCUUGCAUUUUCCUGUUGAAAACGUAGUGUGGCGUUUUUUAAUGUUAAACCGGUAUAUUGUAUAAUCAUCAUUCCCUAUAAUUUAACGUUGUAACUUUUAUAAUUUAGAAAAGUACAUACUAUAUAGUACGUACUAUCAUAAGGAAAUCUUCAUACUUAUCUACCUACAUAAUAUUGAAAAGUUUGUAAGGCUACCUAUAUUUACAUUGUAAUUUUUUGUAGAUUCCAAAAACACAAGUAAGUACACCUAAGUAUACUUCAAUUGUUACAUUGUCAGAGAAGAGAUACAUUUUCCUAAGCUUAAAAUAUUUUGUAUGAUUAUAAACAAUACACAAUUGUAGGCAACACUUUAAGGUUCAUAUCAAUUGUUGAUUUAUCGUAUCAUCAGAUAUCUGAUAUCUGCUUUGAGGUAGGUAGAUUAUUAUUUCAUUGAAUUGAAUAAAUUACUUACCGAACCAAUGAUAAAAUGGAUUUAAAAUAUAAGGCAUAAUCAUAAUAAAAUAUUCUUAGACUACAGAAAUUACUUAUUAUUCUAAAUUCUAUGAAAAUACUAUUUAUACAAUCACGGGCGUAGCCAUGGGGAGGGUUUUAGGGGUUCACAAAAUCUCUUGUUUGUUUAGAAUCUCUAAAAUUGACAAUUUUCUUAUGAAUAAUGUAAGGGUUAUUUUAUGUACUUCUUUUGAGCUUCUCGAUACCAAAACCUAGCUACGCCCAUGUAUACAAUACUCGUAUAUAUAUACUCUUAAUCCACAUUACAAGGGUGUAUAAAUUUUAAGAUUAAAUUGUAUCUAAUCAUAAAAAUAAAAUAUAAGAUAAAAUAAAUUAUGAUUUUUACGUGAAUAUAUAUUAUUUUAUAAUCUGUUAUAAUCUUU